AUGGUGAUCUUGGCGUGGUGUUUCCUACAAGUGGACAGCCGGCACGCGGAGGUGUUCAAUGGCCACAACAAUGGCAAUUUCUUAGACAGUGACAGAUGGCUGAGUACAGUCUCCCAGUACGACAGGGACAAGUACUGGAACAGAUUCCGGGAUGAAGUUGAGGAUGACUAUUUCAGAAACUGGAAUCCAAGCAAGCCCUUUGACCAAGCUCUAGAUCCAUCCAAAGAUCCCUGCUUGAAUGUGAAGUGCAGUCCUCAUAAAGUGUGUGUAACUCAUGACUACCAGACAGCUGUGUGUGUGAGCCAAAAGCAGCUGAUGCAGAGGCAAAAGAAGGGGAACAUGGCCCACAAACCCUGGACUGGAACCUCAAAUGUAGUCAAGUGCAAACCUUGCCCAGCUUCAGCACACACCAGCCUUGUCUGUGGCUCUGAUGGCCACACCUACACCUCCAAGUGCAAGCUGGAGUUCCAUUCCUGUUCCUCUGGAAAAGGCUUUGUUGCCCAGUGUGAGGGACCCUGCCCCUGCCUCCAAGAGCCGGAACCUCCCAAGCACAAGACAGAGAACAGUUGCACGGACAAGGAGUUGAGGAAUCUUGCUUCUCGUCUAAAAGAUUGGUUUAGAACUCUUCAUGAGGAUGCGAAUCAUGUCAUAAAGCCCACUAUCUCAGAUCUAGCCCAAAGCAGGUUUGACACCAGCAUCCUACCCAUUUGCAAAGACUCCCUUGGCUGGAUGUUCAACAAACUGGACAUGAACUAUGAUCUCUUGCUUGACCACUCAGAGAUCAAUGCCAUUUAUCUUGACAAGUAUGAACCAUGCAUCAAGCCCCUCUUCAACUCUUGUGACUCCUUCAAAGAUGGGAAGCUCUCAAAUAAUGAAUGGUGCUAUUGCUUUCAGAAGCCAGGAGGUCUCCCUUGCCAGAAUGAAAUGAACAGGAUUCAGAAGCUCAGUAAGGGGAAAAGCCUUUUGGGAGUAUUCAUUCCCCGCUGCAAUGAUGAAGGAUACUACAAAGCCACCCAGUGUCACAAGAGCACAGGACAGUGCUGGUGUGUGGAUAAGUAUGGGAAUGAACUGGCUGGCUCUAGGAAGCAAGGAGCUGUGAAUUGUGAAGAAGAGCAGGAAACCUCAGGAGAUUUUGGCAGUGGGGGUGCUGUGGUCCUGCUUGAUGAUCUGGAAGAAGAACAUGGAGGGACAAGAAAGGACAAAGAUGGGAAACUGAAAAUUCAUGUAAGGGCAGCAAAUGAAGAUGAUGAAGAUGAGGAUGAUGACAAGGAGGAUGAGGUCGGCUAUAUAUGGUAG